GUUGACACUGUGGUCUUUUUUUUGCCGAAUUCGUGACUGCGGCAGCGGAGGAGUCGUUCGCUCGUCGCGCUCAUUCUCCCUUGAAAUCGCAUCGAAGAAACAGCGGAGCUACUUCCGGCAGAAUUGCUGAACGCUGCAGAUUUGACUCCGCGCUGAACUUACGUGGACAUUUUUACGUGCUCGUGCCUUUUUCCCAAGAAAUCUACGUGAAAUCCUCUUAGCGGCGACAUGGCGCUGAGCGAUGCCGACGUGCAGAAACAGAUCAAGCACAUGAUGGCUUUCAUUGAGCAGGAGGCCAAUGAGAAAGCAGAGGAAAUUGAUGCCAAGGCGGAGGAGGAGUUCAACAUUGAGAAGGGUCGCCUAGUGCAGACCCAGAGGCUCAAGAUCAUGGAGUACUAUGAGAAGAAAGAGAAGCAGAUCGAGCAGCAGAAGAAAAUUCAGAUGUCCAAUCUGAUGAACCAGGCCAGGCUGAAGGUCCUGAAGGCCCGCGAUGACAUGAUUGCGGACCUGCUGAAUGAGGCUCGUCAGAGGUUGGCCAAUGUUGCAAAAGACCCGUCAAGAUACCCAGCCCUGAUGGAGGGUCUGAUCUUACAGGGUUUCUACCAACUGCUGGAGCCCAAAGUGACCAUUCGCUGCCGCAAACAGGACCUGGCGUUGGUGCAGGCCUCUGUGCAGAAAACCAUCCCAAUCUACAAAGCUGCUGCAAAGAACAAUCUUGAAGUGCGCAUCGACCAGGAGAACUUCCUGCCUUCAGACAUCUCUGGAGGGAUUGAGAUCUACAAUGGUGAUGGGAAGAUAAAGGUGUCCAACACCCUGGAGAGCAGGCUGGAUCUCAUGGCCCAGCAGAUGAUGCCAGAGAUCCGAGUAGCCCUGUUCGGCGCCAACCCAAACCGCAAGUUCUUGGAUUAAUAUGGACUCUGCUGUCUUGUGGUAAAGAAGUGUGGCAUCUCUUUAAAGCAGCAGGAAUGAAAGCCACUAGAUGUUUCUGACAGUUAUUUUAUUGAGAUGGUUCUGUUUGUGUGUAUGUGUGUGCGUGCGUGUGUCCUGUGGGAAAAGGGCCCUUUUUGUUAUGUGGUGACGUUUUUGUUUUGUCAGUGUUUCCUGUAGUAAAAUAAGAUAGAAAUGUGGUUAUUUUAGUAGUAACACACAGCCAUCUGCUCAACGUGUCCGUUCAAGUACUGGUGUGAGCCGGGGCCCGGGCUUUUAGCGGUGCUGCUGGGGAAAAGCGUUUGGUUCUGCGUUCGCUUGGGGUUUAAGGAAUGUUAUACAGUAGUGCCGUAAUUUAUGAUGUGUGUACAGUAGAGAUCCCUGUUUCUAGUAUAGAACUGAGAUGUGAAGACCCAACUUCAUCACACAAGUCCUUGACCAUUGUCACACCAGGGAUUGAGUCAGUGGUCUGCGAUCAUCUGGAACAUAUUUGUAAUGAACUGUAGCACCGCGAGCUCGACUUCUAGAUCAUUAGAGCGAAACUGAAGGACAAUCCCACCUGCUUACUGUAAAGACACACCUUUUUACUAGUAACGCCUUGACACAUCGGUCACAAGUAAGGAGGUGCUUGUCCUAAAGUAGUUUAGUGCUGCGACUCCAUCCACCUUUCCCCGCCAGGCCGCAGAAGACUGGUUUAUGUUGUUGGUGCAUCAAAACUGCCCAGCAGAUGUGAAAGUGGAUAUCUAUUGUCUACAUGGGCUCAUCUUACACAUCUGCAGUCACCCAGUUGUGUAAUAACUGAACCUUUGUUGUACUUGCUGCACACUUCUGAUGCCCAAGAACAGCCUGUGUUUUCCUGGACUUGCCUCUUGCAGCCUGGCGUCAUGCAUAAAGGAAAACGAGACCUCAUCUGUCUAUUGGCAGCAUGUCCUGGACCUCUUUCUUUCCAUUCUGUAUUGUGUGUGUAUAUGUGGAACUAUAAAUAUAUUUAUGACCAAAUAAACACUGUUGCAAAAACA